AUGGACCCGACAGAUUUCAAUGAUUUUUUAGAUGCUGACGUGAAGCGGGUUCUGCCUCACUUGAAAGAUGAUGACAUUACAGCCCUUGUCAAUUUUCUGAUUAUCAAAGGAUGUAAGAAAGAGCGGGACCUGAGAAUCAUGACAAUUCCCAUUCUGGAAUCACAACUGGAUCUAGUAGACGCAACAGACCUCUAUAAUGAGUGGCAGGCCAAGUAUGGUGCAAGUCAGCCUUCCACAUCUUCCAACUCCCAUGCCCCAGAAGUCAAUUCAGCUCCUUCAACUAGCAGAGGAGUUCUCUCAGUCAAUUCAGCUCCUUCAACUAGCAGAGGAGUACUCUCAGAAAGGCAGCUCAGGCAGGAGGUGGAGGCACAACAGUUUGGGAUGCCUACAUUUGAUAAGGACAGUCCAUAUAUGCCAGCCGGAGUUAGACAAGCAAUUUUAGAAAAUAGAAGGCCAUUGCCUAGACAUAGAGAGGAUAUGGUUGAAAGAAUGGUUGAUUAUUGCCGGGAAACUGUUCCUAAUUUAUCAAGGAAAUCGUUUAAUUCAGUGGCUGACUCGUUGGUUACACUGUACCCCAAUUCCUUUGAAGACUCAAUUGCUGUGAAUAACAGAAGAAGUAACAGCCUGCGGGCCCAAUUUAAAAGCAAGUUUGACAACGACAGGAGACCAACCACAUUUUCCAAGAAAGAAGUGGAAUCUCCCAAUAUUCCCUCUGCUUUUGGAUGUAUCUCCUGGAGUCCCAUCCUCCCAGAUGGGGAAACUGAAGAGUCAUUGCUUCAAAAGAAGGAAACCCUUCAAGACAUGUUUAGGCUUUCCAAGAAGCAGUGGAACUGGAAAUCAAUAAAAGGCCAUCUUCAAAGCACCUUUUACCUUCAGAGGAAAGAAAUAAAUGGGCCUGCCUCUGCCUCCGCCUCCGCCUCCAAAUCUAAGAAGAGGAAACGCGUGGCAGAAGAAGAGAACGAAGUAGACCAGCCAAGAGGAAUGACUGUAGGCCAAAUUGCAGAAGAAUGGCCGUUCCUUUUCAAAGCAAAGGGCAUGAACAUUCAUUUCACCCAAUUAACUGGGGUUGAUUUCAAAGAAAAAUUUAACAACUUCAUAAAUCAGGAGGGAACUGUACUUGUAGAAUAUUUGGCGUGCAAAAGUGAGGAUUUGGCUAAGAUUAGAAGAAAAAUGACAAGAGCAGAAGCACGUUCCCUUAAGUCUACCACUGCUAAAGCUGUCAUUCAAAUGAUCAUAAUCUAUUUCAAAGAAAAGUUGGAAGACAUGGCUGUUUUUGUUGAGGAAACUACUACUAUUGAUGAUGUGAACGAUGUUGCCACAUAUCCAGAAGAUGGAACUCCUAGCUUGAUCGUCGCUGGCCAAAACUUGUUCUCAGCCAGCACUUUCUUUUUGACUGUCGAUCAGCAAGUAGUGGCAUCAACAUCACACUUUGAAGAAGCAUUUUGUAUGCUGUUUGGCUCCUACUUUAUGCUGAACCUCAAGUUUUCCUCAAAAUUAGAGAUUUCUCUGACUUUUGUCCAAAAGGUAAUCGCUCAGAUCAACCCAGAACAGGGAUCAAAGGGAGACAGCACAGCUUCAGUCCGUAGACAAAUCAACAACAAGGUUCUCAGGCUCAGUAAUGGUCUUCAAGAUUUCAAACAGAAGGUUACAUCUCAUGCUCAGAUUGUUAAACAAGAAUAUCAAAUUGGUUACUAA